AUGCAGGGGACGGAGGAUAAGAUUCCUGAUGACGAGGCCACGGCGGAGGCACCGCUCACGAUGGCCGCAUCGGUCAUCUUGACGAACCUGCCAAAGGAUGCAAGUAAAGCUUUAGAGAAGGUAGGGAGUUCGUUGCCGCAGAAAGUAACCGUCCGCCUCCACCCCAUCGGCAGCGCCCCGCAACUCUCGCAGCGCGUCUUCAAACUCUCGACCAACCAGCGCUUCGAAACGAUUGUGCGGUUCCUGCGGCGCAAGCUGGCGGUCAAGGAGCACGAGAGCGUGUUCUGCUACAUCGGGAAUGUGUUUAGUCCCGCUUUGGAUGAGAAUGUGGGCAAUCUCUGGAGUUGCUUCAAGGCGAACGAGGAGUUGAAUGUGGGAUAUGCCAUGGCGCCUGCUUUCGGAUGA